GGGUCUCACCUGUUCCUGCCCCACCCCAGGCGUGGCGGGGCUGCGCCCUGCGCCUGUUCACGGUGGCGCUGCUGGAGGACAACAGCGAGCGGCUGCGGCGCCUGCUCGAGGCCGUGGUGCGGCGCCGGGGGCUGCCGGCGCAGGUGCACGUGGUGGAGCUGCACGACGGCGCGGUCUCUGACUACACGUACGAGCGGACGCUGAUGAUGGAGCAGCGCUCGCAGAUGCUGCGGCUGCUGCGCCGCGCUCAGGGAGGCCCCGCCCCCUCGCAGCCGCCCAGCGCCGAGGAGGAGGAGGGGGGGGGAGGGGAGCCCCGGAGAGAGCCCAGCCCGUGA